AUGCGCACCGCUUCGCUCGUCCUCCCCGUCCUCGCCGCCGCCGCCGCCUGGCUGUCCAUCCCCGCCGCGGCGGCGAGCGGCAGCGCCUCCGCCCCCCUGCCCUCGUUCCACGUCUCGAUCCCCAGCCCCGACGCAUGCGUGCUCAACUGCCUCGAAUCCGCCAUCUCCUCCGGCGGCUGCUCCAGCAUCACCGACAUCAGCUGCGUCUGCACCUCCACCGCGUACCAAUCCGCCGCCGAGGCGUGCCUCAAAGCGAACUGCACCGCCGCGGACCUCGCCACGGCGGCCGCGCUCCAGACGAGCGAGUGCGCAGGCGUGAGCGGCGCCGUGACCCUCUCGACGAGCGCGACGGCGAGCGGGAGCGGGAGCGCGAGUGCGAGUGCAAGCGGCAGCGCCAACAGCACCAGCACCAAGACUGGCACCACGAGCACCAGCGCGGGGGCGAGCACGACAAAGGCGUCGGGCGGUGCACGCGCGCGGGGGAUCGACGGACACGUGCUCGUCGGCGCGGGCACGGCCUUGCUGGGGGUGGUGCUCGGCGCGGGGCUGGCGCUGUGA